GUUUUGUUUGAUAUGGACCAUCGUUUUGACAGAAAUGAUGCUCAUUUGCCUCCUGGAUUUCGUUUCCAUCCAACGGAUGAGGAGCUUAUCACUUACUAUUUGUUGAAGAAAGUUAUUGACAGUGGCUUUACUUGUAGAGCUAUAGCUGAGGUUGAUCUCAACAAGUCCGAGCCAUGGGAGCUUCCUAGCAAGGCAAAGAUGGGAGAGAAAGAGUGGUAUUUCUUCAGUUUGAGAGAUAGGAAGUACCCAACUGGGUUGAGAACUAACCGAGCAACUGAAGCUGGUUACUGGAAAGCCACUGGGAAAGAUAGGGAGAUUUACAGUUCAAAGACUUGUGCACUUGUUGGAAUGAAGAAGACCUUGGUUUUUUAUAGAGGUAGAGCUCCUAAAGGUGAAAAGAGCAACUGGGUCAUGCAUGAAUAUCGCCUUGAAGGCAAAUUUGCUUACCAUCAUCUCUCCAGGAGCUCAAAGGACGAAUGGGUGAUAUCCAGGGUGUUCCACAAGAGUGGCACUGCCAAUGGUGCCACCAGCAGCACCGGCGGAGGAGCCAAGAAGACUCGGAUGAGCGGCUCCGUCGCUCUUUACCAAGAACCGAGCUCUCCUUCAUCAGUGUCCCUUCCUCCUCUCCUGGAUCAUGCCGCCACUGCCAUUGCCGCCGCCGACUGCGAUAGUUUCUGUUACUACAAUUAUGCUCAAUCCGAGCACGUGUCCUGUUUCUCCACCACCGCCACCACCAUAACCGACCCUUCGGGGUUUCAGCCCGGUUUCGACCUAGGAUUACCACCACCACAAAUGAUUAACACCACUUUUGAUCCUUGGUAUUCAAGAAAUGUGGGUGCUGCCGUUUUUCCAACCUUGAGGUCUCUUGAGGAGAACUUGCAGCUCCCUUUCUAUUUCUCUCACCCAACGAUGGCGGCACCGCCACUUCACGGUGGCACAUCUGUCGACUGGGGGGCUGUUUCCAAUAAUGUUAACGAUGGUUCUAAUGGUGGCAUUAGCAAGAUGUCAAUCGGUCCAACUGAGCUUGAUUGCAUGUGGACUUACUGAACAUGAGAGGAAUUUCCCAUUUAUGGUGCAUGGAAUUUUCUCU